GCAGACCCCUCCUGAAUCCACUGUGGGCUGGACGCUUUCCUCGCUCUUUCAUGAAGGACAACAACAUGCUGGAGGAAGACUUGACCGUUUUUGUUUAGUUUUAGAUUCAGCAAACAGAAUCAUAGAAGAUGGCAACAAUUACAUCUCUUUCAAACGCAUCAAAACUCAGAGUUGAUGAAGAAGAAGAUGCACAAACUUCAAAGAUACUGGAGAUUAUUAAUGGGAGAACUGUUGAUGCCUCAAAAGUGACAGAAGAGUCUGAGGACAGAGAGGUUUGGUCAAUGGAGAUGGGAGAUGACUCUGUGUUCUACAGUGAUGAGGAGCACGCUCAAUUGGACAAGGAAUCUGUCAACUUAACUGGCUUCAGUGGCAAAAGGUGCAAAAAUCCUGUUAACAGUGUGGCUGAUGGUGAAGGUAGCCAACAGAUGGAGACUAAUCCAGGAGAGAAAGGAAACUUGGAGAUGAAGAAGGAAUUGAACCAGUGCAUCAUCUGGACUGAAGAGGAAAAGCAGACGCUGGAGACAUUUACUACUAAAAGAAUGCAUGUUUCAGACCCUGAGGAAUCAUCUGCAGAGUUUUAUGUCACACCUGGAAAGUUUGGGAAAACGUCUGGAGUGUUUGAGCAGCAAAAUAAAGCAGCAACAAAUGCGGACCAAGUAAAGAAAGAGGAAGUGAUGACAGAAGCUGAUACCUCAAAUCAAAACCUGUUUGACUUACUCAACAUUGACAGUUAUAUACAUUUGAAUGGGGAUGCAGAAUUUCCUCAAAGACUAUUUGGUGCUGACAUCCAGAAAUCAAGUGACAUGCAGCCUGUGCGUGAUGUGGAAGCAGAGUUCCUGCAAAACCCCAGCCAAGUUCAGUUGAACCUGCCAGGGCCAACAAAAUCUGACUGCAGCACGUUCAACCACCUCUCCUCCUCCAAAUACAGCACUGUGUCCUACCGCAGGAUCCGCAGAGGCAACACACGGCAGAAGAUAGAGGAGUUUGAGUUCCUGCUAACGAGUAAAAAAUAAACGAAGGGCCAAACACAUCACUACAAGCUUGCAAAUGUUCCAGCUCUGAAAUAUACGCCUGUAGUUUCAGAAACCCCUGAUGAUAUUCACAAUAUACUUACAUCUGUGACACACCUAAAUCUAUUUUAAUGCCAUUAUAUUUGAGAAAUGCCUAACUUUGUUGUUAACGCUAUAGGUAUCUAUUGUGAAUGUGUAUGUUAUACUAAUUUAGGGAUCUGGAUAAUUUAUUUGAACCAGAGAUAAUCAUACAAGAACAAACUGCAACAAUUAAAAAAAAAAAAAAACAAGUAUUGGGCAAACAAGUUUGAAUUUACUGAGGAUUUUCUGGGUCAAAUUUAGAAGCACAUGCUCAAAUACAUAUAUGCACGUGUUAUGGCCUGGCUCAGAUGGCCACAACAAAAAAUAGGGAACCAGAAUAAUUUUUCAGUCCUUCAGAGAGGCUUUUAUUAAAAGUUACUGUCUGGGGAAUAAUGAGCAACAGCCCAAAAUGUGCUCACUUUGUCUGGUCCUCCCCUCAGUCAUGGACCCAGUUGGACCUCUGGUCACAAGUCCCACAACGUGCUAAGCGAUCUGCCGGCACCGCCUCUGGAUCCAACUGGGCCUGGAUCUUCUCUGAGUCUGGUCCUUGGCGUCUGCGACUUCUCAUGAGUGGAACGGUGCUCUUUAAAUACAGUCACGGUGGCCACAUAAUCAGAGGCAUCUCCCACAACCGAGGACCUUAAUUGACAAUUUACCACAUUGCCACAUAGCAGGGGCUGUCACAGCACAACAUACGCAUUUCAUAGACGUUCACAUGCUACAUGCUUUUUGUGGCCAUUUAGAAACUUCUGGCAUCAGUGUAGCAUUUUGACAGACAUAGUAAAGUUAGCCUCUUUUAACCAGUUCGGAUGCAUUUAGGAUUGUCGUUCUGCUGGGCUUAACAUGCCAGCUAUUGAAUGGACUAGUAUUAGGUGAAAGUCUCACCUCGACUCCUCCAAACAUACUUUUGUGGAAAAAUUAUGCAAUCUUUGAUCAUAAAACUUUUCUCCAGGAGUUUGGUGCUGAUUUUGGAGCUGACGGUUCUGUCUCGGUCGACAUCACCUCAGAUCGUUCUAUUGCUAAACUGGCUUCACUCUGGACAAUUCACUUAUGUUUGAGCUUUUGUGGCUCGUGAUUGUUCAAGUCAACUUUCUUUCACUGGAAGAAGCACGUUAGGUCAGAUAAAAUCUGGAUGCAGCUCAGUAUCCCGCAAAAACGAAAAUCUCAAGCAGUUUUAGCUUCUGCAAUGGCCUUGUACACAAGAUAUGAGCUGUGCUUAAAAGCCACAGCUGAGGCAGUCAAACAACCAGUUCAAAUAUUUGAGUUAAGUACUCGGAUAGAAUGACACUACAGUUGACUUACUAAGACUUGAAUGACAUGUCAUAAUAAUAUCUAGAAGAAAAAAAAUCAGAUCAUUUCUUAACAGUCAGUAAACAUUUCUGCCGAUAUGUUGUAUUUACUUGUCACUUAGGGUUUUAAUUUUUAGAUAUUGUAAGUAUAAAGAGUGAAAGUUAAAUAUGAGGACGUUUUUUAAAUAAUAUACGAUAACUGUGACAUUUUUAGAAGUAAAAUCUGUUCUAUUCAUCAUCAUGGCAAAAGGUUAAACAAAAUAAAGAAUUCUAGCAAGA